AUGGACACGCCAGCAUCUACUAACAGUGGCAGUUCUUCGCGAAAACCGAGCGUCGUUGUCACCAUCGGUAUGGCAGGCGCGGGCAAAUCAACCUUCGUGCAACGCAUCAACUCCUACCUGCGUCAAAAUCACGAAAAGGCCCCUUACAUUCUGAACCUCGAUCCCGCAGUAGCGCAUGUCCCUUUCGAACCUAACAUCGAUAUCAGAGAUACAGUUGAUUAUAAAGAAGUCAUGAAACAAUAUAACCUUGGGCCAAAUGGCGGCAUAUUGACUGCUCUUAAUCUGUUCACGACGAAAUUCGACCAGGUUUUGGACCUCAUGGAGCAAAGAGCGCCCGAAGUCGAUCAUAUUAUCCUGGACACUCCAGGGCAAAUUGAAAUCUUCACUUGGUCGGCAUCAGGAGCCAUCAUAACAGACGCUGUUGCCUCUUCAUUUCCCACGGUCGUGGCAUAUAUCGUCGACACCCCACGAACGACGGCUCCAGCGACCUUUAUGUCGAACAUGCUUUACGCUUGCGGCAUAUUGUACAAGACAAAACUUCCCUUCAUUCUCGUCUUCAAUAAGACAGACGUUGAAUCCCACGAUUUUGCCCUUGAAUGGAUGCGAGAUUUUGAAGCGUUCCAGGCUGCAUUAGCGUCCCACUCGGGGUCAAGAGAUGCGGAAGGUGAACCGACGUACAUGAAUAGUCUGAUGAAUAGCAUGAGCCUGGUUCUUGAUGAGUUCUACAAGCACCUCAAGGCUGUCGGGGUGUCCAGUCUAACGGGUGAUGGGAUAAAGGAAUUCUUUGACGCAGUGGAAGAAUCACGGGACAGCUAUGAAAAGGAGUACCUACCGGAGCUUGCUCGUGCCCGUGCUGCACGGGAACAGUCACUUCAAGAGUCCAAAGAAGAUUCGAUAAACCGUUUUAUGAAGGAUUUCAGUUUGGAUCAGGCCAAAAACACGCAUGCCACAGAUGAUAGAUGGGAGUCAGAGGAAGAGAAUGAAGACGACGACGAUGUUGAUGUCAACCUCAUUGACAGAAGCGACGCUGAGCCCUGGCCUGGACAGUACAUCGACGUGACACGUAUGCGGAGAAGUGAUGAGCAGGCACAGUGGCCGAGACCAACGUAA